AUGGUCACUUCUCCGCACAACCAUGAUCGGAAGCCAGCCCAACUCUCUCCCCAUUUCUCCCAUCAGAACUCCUUACCUCGCGGCUCGCUAGCCUAUGAAGAUGACCUGCCUCAGCUCAGUGCUUGGCAGCAGUUUCUGGACGGAUUCAAACGCAAUCCGCAUGCGUUUGUCUCCAAGCCCAGUCAGAUAGAAAAUGGUGGAAAGCUAUUCAAUCUGGAAGAGGCUACGGCCAAUACGGCCCUCUCGCCAUUGCAGAGGAAGCUCAAGGCGCGGCAUCUGCAGAUGAUUGCCAUUGGGGGUUCUGUAGGUACGGGCCUUUUCGUCGGUUCUGGCAAAUCCCUCGCUAUUGGGGGCCCUGCGUCGCUCCUAAUCGCAUUCAUCCUCGUCGGCGUUAUGGUCUACUCCACGGUUCAUGCUUUGGGAGAAAUGGCCGUCCUCUUUCCCGUGGCUGGUUCCUUCUCUGCCUUUUCCACUCGCUUCUUGGACCCCGCGUGGGGCUUCGCCAUGGGUUGGAACUACGCGCUGCAGUGGUUGGUUGUCUUACCAUUGGAAAUUGUAGCGGCUGCCUUGACAGUGAAUUAUUGGCGCUCCGAAAUCUCGCCUGCUGCGUGGGUUGCCAUUUUUUACGUCCUGGUAGUUGUUAUCAAUCUGUUUGGCGUGCAAGGUUAUGGUGAGGCCGAAUUCAUCUUCUCGAUAAUAAAAGUGAUUGCUGUCAUCGGAUUCAUAAUAUUGGGUAUCGUUCUAAACAUUGGUGGCGGUGAGGGUGGUUCAUACAUUGGAGGUCGAUAUUGGCACAAUCCCGGCGCAUUUCGCAACGGGUUCAAAGGCCUCUGUAGCUGCUUUGUGAAUGCAGCUUUUGCAUUUACCGGCACUGAACUUGUCGGUCUAGCUGCCGCUGAAGCACAUAACCCACGCAAGGCGCUUCCGCGUGCGGUUAAACAGGUUUUCUGGAGGAUCGCCCUUUUUUAUGUGUUGGCACUCGCGGUCGUAGGACUUCUGGUUCCAUACACAGACUCGCGUUUACUCAGCGCAUCAUCGAACGAUUCCACAGCUUCCCCGUUUGUCAUUGCGAUUACAGAUGCAGGGAUACAAGGGCUGGAUUCAGUCAUGAACGUUGUAAUCAUGAUUGCUGUUCUUUCGGUUGGAAACUCGGCGAUAUAUGGCUCUUCACGUACCUUGGCGGCUCUAGCUGAACAGCACCAGGCGCCACGCUUCCUUGCCUACAUUGACCGUCGAGGUCGUCCUCUCUUGGCCAUUUGUGUCGCGUCUGUGGUAGGCCUGCUCGGUUUUCUGGCUGCAUCCUCGCACCAGGAGGAAGUAUUUACGUGGAUGAUCGCCAUCUCGGGACUGUCCUCCAUUCUCACAUGGAGCUCGAUUUGCUUAGCUCACAUUCGAUUCCGUCGAGGUUGGGCCGUGCAGGGACACAGUCUUGAUGAGUUGUCUUUCACCUCUCAACCAGGCCUGAUUGGCUCGUGGAUCGGAGUUAUAUUCAACUUUCUCGUGCUCAUCGCGCAGUUCUGGGUUGGGAUUGCGCCUGUGAUGUUGAAGGAGGACAAGGACCCGGUACUCGCUCGUGUGGAAAACUGGUUCUCCGUCUACCUUGCUGCCCCCAUCGUCAUUCUUUUUUAUGUUCCGUACAAGCUUCUGUUUAAGACCAAGAUCGUCCGAGCCAAGGAUAUGGACUUGAAAACCGGUCGCCGCGAUCGGGAUUUGGCGCAUUUGAUCGCAGAGGAACAGGCUGAGAGGGCGGAAUGGCCGGCUUGGAAGCGAUUUUAUCGAUUCUUUUGCUGA